AUGACGAAUAUUCACAGUGUGUGUACUGUUAGCUGGGGAAACCGCGUACACCCGCACAUACGCACUAUGUAUUCUAGUGACUGCUUUAUCGUGCUUUUGGGAUCAGGAAGAUGUGAAGAAUAUAAGCAUGGCACAAGAAGAAUAACCUUUUGCCCAUCAUGUAACAAGAGAGUGGCAAUUGCACGGAGAAAGAGGUUUCCAACAGGAAAGGAUUUUUUCCGCCUAGCCCCGUUUCAAUCGUGAAGAGUCAACAGGUUGUCAAUCAUCGUGUCUUAAGGGCAUGAUUUUCAAUAUCCCAUGAUUAUAAAUCCAUGUAAAUUCCAGGGUGGUGAAGCAAGGGCGGAAGAAUGUACGACCAAGACUAAACCGAAAUGACAAUGACCUAGAAAGAAGGCGAGAACAUGAAGAAGAAUAUAUCAACCAAAAUAGCAUUUUCCUUCUUUUUCCAAUCACUCUCCACUUCUCCAUUUCCAUUUUCCUCAAAACCAAUCAAUUUCCCUUCAAACUGUACCUGAUCAAAGCACCACACAAGUAUCCCUCGUAUCCAAGUCUUCAAACUCUCUCAUUCUCUGCUCCUCUUCGUUUCUCUUCCCUGUAUCAUCGCUCUCCCCAAUCGUCUCCCUCUCCGGUUUCAAAACCACAAUGGCAAACGACACAAUCGCCACUACCACAACCCACACCGUGAUCCUGACACCGUGCUCUGCAAUUGAUCUAAAGUACUUGCCGACUCGAUCCAGCGCCGCAUCCCCCCUGUAAUCCACUGGUACAGCCAUAUC